AGGGGCACAAGGAGCAGCGUAAGGGCCUGCCUUGAGAGGAAACAGUUCUACUGACAACGCUUUGUCCCUCAUCCUGCAGAUACACAGGUUCCAUCUUUCAUUCUUACUGGUCCUGCUUCAUACUGAAGUUUUGCUGAUCCACAUUUACUUGAAGGGCACAGCUGUGCUAUAGAUUUGGCAUCUAAGUGGAUAGGGCUGUAGUAAGUGUCUUUCUGAAGCCCUGUAGCAUAUCAUGAAGAUCCUAUGCCUGCUCUGCACAAACUGAGGUGCUUGACUUAAUGGUCUAGAGACAUCUGAAGAAUAAACUUGUAAAAGCAGGUGGGGUCCUUGGAGAAUGUGCACUGCUAAAUGGCUGUGAAUUAAGGAUGGAAGAAUGAACUGUCAGAACAGCAAAGCAGUUCUUACUCUGCUGACCUCACUGAAGUCUGGGGAAUGGAGAUCUCUGUGGUGGUGGAAGAGAAUUGCUGAAAAUUGCAGGUCGCAGAUGAUGCAAACCUGAACUGAUUCUGGUAUCUCCCCUGGCCCUCCAGUCCUCACAGUGUCAUUAGGCCACAGUGUUACUGAAACCUGCAGGCCGAUGGAUGAACAGGACAAUGAUUUUAAAGAGUUGUGGGCAAAUCUUUUGGGUCGAGCAAAGAAAAAAGCUGGGGAUGCUGAGUCAGCGAAGAGGGCUCAGAACAGGUCAAAGAGCACUGCAACAAGAAGCAAAGUAAGAAGAGGCAAAGCUGCUGCUAAGAGCCAAAACCAUCAUCACUUACCAGCAGCGAAGGAAACAAACUUGCCUCAAGAUUUCAGUUUAAAGGAACAAACUUUGGUGCACAAAGAAGAUUCUGACACUGUGGCCUGUAGUAGCGGUGAGACUGUGCAAGGGGAUGGAAAGAGAAGCCCUCUCCCUGCCAGCCAGCUGAGUACAGUGACCAGUGAGUGCAGCCAGAGGACUCUGACAGUAAAUACUCUGAAUGGCUGUUCCCAGACUACAUUAUCCUUCCAUCCUGCUACACAGCCAGGGACCUGCUCUUCACCCACCUCAAAGAUACCGCUGCUCGCAGGGUCAAAGAUGCGGGUGGCAGAGCUGGUAGUGGAGAGAAUGCAGCAGUUCAAGAGAGUGGCACCUGAGCAGCUAAAACACGGCACAGAUGAUAGUUUGCCAAAGUCUGUAGCCAGCGGGGAUUUCCCUGAUGAAAUCCAGGAGCAGAACCCACCAGAGAAUGAUGCUCACCAACUUCCAUCCAUGGAGCAUGAUGGUGCUCUGGCUUUGGCUCUUCAGCAGGAAACCAAAGAGGAAGCCCUGGCGAGCCUGGAGGAUGCAGGCUUGUUUUUUUGUCAGAUCUGCCAGAAGGAUCUCUCAGCCAUGAACACAACGCGCCGAGAGCAGCAUGUUAACAGGUGUCUGGAUGAGAUGGAAGAAGCGCAGAUGUCAGCCUCCAGCAGACCACUGGUCCCUGAAUGUCCCAUCUGCGGGAAGCAGUUCCAGACCUCACAGAGCCGAGUCAGUCACUUGAAACGCUGUGCUGUCGAGAUGGAUGUUCCUCCUAAGCUGCUUCUUCAGGCGGUGCAGUUGCAGGUGUCCACACUUGGUGAUGCACCUCUUCAGUGUCCCAGCAAUCAACCAAACAGGUCAAAGCGAAAAGGCUCCUCCAAAGAGGACUCAAAGAAAAUGCAGAAGAGGGCCAAAAUGGAGACUAAGGAUGAAGAUUUGCUGGUUGCUAUGGCAAUGUCACGCUCUCUGUUGGAGCAAGAAAAGCAGGAACAAGCAAAAUCGGUUACAAAUGUGAAACCAGUGGCUGCUUUCCCCAUCAAAUGGAAGCCAGGAUCGGAGAAAAAACGGCGUAAAAGAGGCCCAACUGCACCUCCACCAUUACUGCUUCAGGACCCGGAAAAGGCCCGCAAAAGGAUCCAAGAGCGAGUAGCUAUGCUGCUUGCAGAAGAAGUGGAAUUCCCUCCCACCCCUCAGCUUCCCACGAGUAGGAUUUUGGAGGAUGAAUCUGGGAAAGCGACCUGGCUCUUGCCAUUGUCCAAAGCCAAGGAGUGCUUUUUAUGGAAUAUCAGUGCUCUGACAGGACACUACGACCUGGAAUCAUUCUACGCUGCUGCAUUAACCCCUCCAAUUGUACCUUGGAAGCCUGUACAGAAUCAUAAACCAGAGAACCUUCUGCCGUGUGUGGAAUCUGAUCAGCCAAAAGCAUCCCAGAAAAUUCAGCCUGACCUCAGUUCUCAUGAGCCCACUUGCACAGAGGUUGCAGGCCAACCUUCUGAUGAAUCCAAGUCUGGCUGUGAAGUAGAAGGUCAGUUUUUAUCUCACAGCCAGAAGGAUGUCCAGACCCUGCAGGACCUAGUGGAGCUGGCCAGGGAAGGACUUACCCUUACUCAGUGGAACCUUGAUGUUGACCACGUUCAGGCAGCAGAGCAGGCAGGAAAAGAAGUGACUUCCAGUGAUGCUUCACAUAGUGGCUUUGUACCUCCAUCCAAAGAGAAGGGCCUCCUGAUGAGCAGCUGUAAAAAAUCCUCUCUCAGGUUGCUGGCUGAAGAUUUCAGUGCAAUGGUCAACAACCCCCACUUAAGUGACGUCCAGUUCCAGGUGGACUGUGGGGAAGUGCUUUAUGCCCACAUGUUUGUGUUGUAUGCACGGUGUCCACAGGCCGUUCAGGCUGUUCACAGCCAAGGGUUUUUAGUGGAGGAGGAUGGGACUGCGCAGACACACCGUGUGCUGCUGAGUGACGUGACGGCAGAAGCAGUGUGUGCAUUCCUGCGGUACCUUUAUGCUGCUGAUGCCAACAUCCCUGCUGGGGUGCUGCCCCAGGUCGGGGCUCUGGCUGCCAGGUUUGGUGUGAGGGAACUGAUGGCAAAGUGUGAAAACAACACUGGAGAGAGUCAGGUGUCUUCUGGAGUGGAUUCAGAAGAUGAUCAUAUCUCUGUGAGGGAUGACAAAGAUUGUGAGGACAGAGCUGAGAACUUCCAAGAUCUCUUGAAGUCAGUGUGGGUGGGUGAAGAUGAGGAAGAAGUAGCUAUGCUGAACCCUGAAUGCCAGAAGGAAGAUGACGAUGGGGUGGGGGAACAGGAGCUGGAGGAAAUCUAUGAGUUUGCUGCAACUCAGAGAAGGAUGGUUCAAGAUGAAACAGAGGUGAGCGAGGGAACAGACUGCAGCGUCUGCAGUGAUACUGAAGCAGCCCAAGGUACAAACCAGCGAACUGAGGAAGAAGAGGUAAAGAGAUCUGAGUCUGCUUCAAUAAGCAACAGCUUCAAAGAUUUGAGGGAUGACAAUGAUGUGGAAAGAUCUAAAUGUGACUCGUCUGCACAAGAAGAGAAAAUGCAGAAUAUAAAUAGGUGCAAGAGCGUGAAUGAUCCACAGACCACUUUUGUGCCUCACCACAGUGAACCUCAAAAAUGGGACAUAGCAUCCCAUGGUGCCACCGCUAAUGAAGGAGAGACUGUUAGGAGAUGUGAAGAUAUGAAGGAUUCCGAGUCAUCUCGGGUCUCACAUGAUGAGGCAGAUCCCUGUGGAAAACAGUUUCCUAGCUUCCACAGUGAUACUGAUAUAAAUGAAAGUUAUGAAUGCUUGUUUUCUGCAAGUCAGGGAGAUUACUGUGAGCCUCCCUCAAUGAAAGAAGUUAUCAAAGAAUCAGGAAAGGCCCCUAGUGAAAAACAUGUUGAUGUUAAUGAUUCAGUUCUGUACAGCAAGUCACAAAAAGACCUCUCUCCAUGUAGGAAUGUUUUUUAUGGGAGUCCUCCCAAACCUUAUGUGCCUCUUUUUCCUGCUGUUAGCUCUUCACCUGCAUCUCCAAAAUCAGAGAGAAAGUUUGCCAGAGAACAUGUGUCAACACCAAAGCAAAACAAAAUGGAAGAGUCAUUUCCAUCUGAUGAAAUGCACUUUCAGAAGGCCAACGAGCUGGAUACUGUAUCCAGAAAUGAGAACACAAUUUCUCCAACAGAGUUUCCCCACAUUGCUUUAAACAAGCAUACUUCAGUGGUCAUCAGAACUGAGAAUGCUGCAGCUCAGAGGAACAAGGAGGGUGAUGUUAUUGUUUUAUCUUCUGAUGAUGAAAUGGAGUUACAAGAUAAGAAGUUGUCAGAGUCAGGCUCUGCUCUGAAGAAAAGGGAAAUCCCUGGACAACUGAUGUGUACAGACAUAGAAGAGGGUCCUGAGAUACCAACACCUGAACAUAACUCAGCAGUUGCUGAAACAGAGCAGAGAUCAACCCAGGUCUCAUGUGGCAUUACAGAUACAGUGCAUAUAAGUAAUGAUGUAAAAACGUCUACAGAAUUGCCUCUCAGCAGACAAACAAAUGCUUGUACAGAGAGCAAACAGAGUCCAAGCCUGAGCCCUGAGAAAAGGCUUGGUCAUGAAAUGUCUUCAGGUACAGACAGCUCCUGGCUAGUGCCAGACACACCAGCUCUGAACAGAAGCAGAAGUUUCUCAACACAGACUCAUGUCACAAGUAUUAAUUCUUUAAAGAGUCUAGGAUCUAAACUCAGCCCAAAGAACUUAGCAACAGAUAAUAGUAACCAUGAAAUGACUGGAAAUUUAAUAGAAGUUCAUGAAACAACAGUGUCAGACAAACAUUUGCCUAUGGAGAACUCAUUCAGUGAAAAGAGCCUACCCAGCAGCCCAGCAGCAGGAUCAUUUUUCAAGAACUCCCCACUGGUUUCUCCUGUGGAUCCAGUACUCCUCUCCCCUGGCCACACCAACAUAAAAAGAAAAUGUGCCAAGAUCUCAUUUUUAUCCAAAUCUAUGCCUUUGUGCCAUGAACAAUCAAUGGAGGACAGAAGAAAUACCAGUGUGAUUGAAGUAGAGGACAGCGAAAAGGAAAUAAGUCUGCCUUCUUUGAGCAGUAGUGUCUUGCUUUGUGACGAGCCCCCAAUCCCCGUUGAUGACUGCUGGUAUGUUGAAUAUCUGUCACCAGUCAGAGGUAGCAGCCAGGACUCCAGCCAGGUCAGCUGUGCAAAGAGCAGCACAGCCAGCAGCGCCAGACCUGGCUCGUGGCAUGACCAGUGGGAGAGCCUAGUCCAUGCACAGGAAAUUAAGGGCAGUACUCCUCUUCGAGGAAGUCCUGUUGGCAGAAGAACAACUUUGCUCUGUCUUGAAAAGAGUCCUAUUGAGGCAUGUUCAUCAACAGGCUGUAGACCAAGUGACCUGAACUCCAAACUCUGGGAUGACUGGAAUGGAGAAGAGGAAGCUGAAUCUCCAGAGAUGCUUCCUCUGUCUCAGAGGUUGCCAGCUGUUGCAGGUGCCAUUCAGACAGAUCCUGUAAAGACUCCUGAACCUUCCUGUCAGGAGAACAACAAGCCUCCCAGCACUCCAGUGACACCUAUGCCAGCUUACUCCAUCAUGGAGACACCACAGCUGAAGAAGGAGUUGAGCAGAUUUGGAGUUCGUGCUCUCCCAAAACGCCAGAUGGUCUUGAAGCUGAAGGAGAUAUUCCAGUAUACUCACCGGGACGUGGACUCUGACUUUGAGGAUGAAAUCCCGUCUUCCCAGCCUCCCCAGCAGAAGUCCCCAGCCAAACGCUCUAGGCAAUCAAAGGCAAAGGGGCCUGCAGGUGGAAAGCGUGCCAGUGCCUCCAGGGCUGCGGGCAGAAGGAAGCGGGUUGCUACAGCUUCUUCAGUGCUCCCUGUGGGGAGGGCUGAUGAUGACCUUGUUGGAUCCUGUGAAUCGGGCUGUGCAGCACCCAAGGAGGGAACUGAAAUGACACAUCCCCCAGAAGGAGCCAAAGAGCAGAAGAGAUCAUCUGCAUCUCCAGAGAGAUGGUCUCUGGCAGCUGAUGGUGAGGAACCAAUGCUCAUGGCAUCUCAGGAGUCUGCAGUUUCUUCAGUGGAUGGAAGCGACAUCUCUUUUGGUUCACAGCGUUCUUUCAUGAAUGGAUUUGAAGCCUGUGCUUUUGCAUCUGAGGAGGAGGAAGAGGAGCUUCCAGCAUCUCAGGCAGCAGCUCGAGAAGAAGAUAAGCUGGAGGCAGUAAGGUGCUACAUCCGUUCGAACACAGCCCUCUACAACAAGAUUCUGUUUUAUGAGCCAAUUGAGCUGGCUGAGCUGCACACAGAGCUGAAACAGAAUGGCAUUAAAAUUUCCAAGGCAAAGCUGCUGGACUUUUUAGAUGCUCACUGUAUCACAUUUACCACUGCCAGAGCCCGCAAAGAGAAGGAACAGAAAAGAAAGGGAAACAAAAAACAGAGAAGACGAUACAGAAUGAAGCCCACUCCUCCAUCCUGAAAAUUUUGUACAUGGAGGCCUUCUCAUAAGCUGGAAACCCCGUUCCAGGCUGGUGCUAGCAGCGGUGCUGUGAUCGGUGGGUGCACUGCUCCUCCUUGCGGCCUCUGUCCAGAUGACACUCUGGAGAAUGGGUCUGAACUGAGCUCCCGGUCCCAGCCCUCUACUCCGAAUUGCACAAACUCCUCUGUCACUUUCUGGCCUUCAGCACGCAGCUCCUCUGGAGCCUCUUUUUUCCUCCCAGUUUUCCUCCUGUGCCUUUUCUUUCCGUUUUUCUAAUAGGUUUUAGGUCCCCAACUUUUCUUUGUGUUGGUGCUUCUAAAGGUAGGUGCUUCUCUCCAGUGACACUUGCCAAGACCUUUUCCCUGGCCUUGGGCUGUGAAAUGCUUUCACCCUUUGAGUUCCAAUAUUCAGCAGAAUAACGCAUCUGCGAGAAACCAGUCCCCUUUCCCCCCUGUAAAGCACUGAGUGUUUAGACCCCCAUGAUUUCCGUCUUCGUUUCUUCAGCAUACAGUUUGCCCUUCUGCUUGUUAAGGCAGGGAGCACUGUGGAAAUACAAUGCCUUUCUUCUGUCCCUGGUUCGAUUUGCAGUCUCUGGUAAAACUCCUUAAUCUGUGUUUCUUAAAUGGCUGCAAAACAGUGGAGGUGUUUUUGUGGUGUAUUUGUGAUGUCUCCCAAAAGUGCCCUCUGACACCAGACAUCAUGUGAAAGCCCUUUAGAUGCAAACAUUCAGUUCUGUCCACUUGCAUGCUGGAUCUGUGUUGAAGAUACCGUCUGCUCCAUUUUCUGAGCAACGUUUUACCUUGUCAGUGUAGCUUGAGCAUGUCCUCGACAGAGAUGUUUUUAAGGCAGUAUUAUAGUGACCACUGGAUCUCUUCAGCACUUCUUAUAACCUGAUCUAAACCCACUUCUCUGAUCAGUCUCAUUUCCAAACUGGACUGAUCUCAGGCUGCAAACUGUCUGGGACUCUUGGGGAGGUCUCGGACUCUAAAUUAACAUCUUUUAUGUAUUUACUUUCACAACAUCUUCUGAUUUUUGUCUGUUGUGGCAGUUCUGAGUCUGCAAAGAGUUUCAUUUGACACAACAAAAAAAGAAACUGGAUUUCUAAAUGUAUUUAUAUAUUUGGAACAUACAGAUAUUUUUUCUAUUUUUGAUAAACUAUAUCCCCAGUUUUAUUUGAUUUAUAUUAUAUAUAAUAAACAACUUCUACUAAUGACAAACUGUAAGUAACGUCUUACAACAGACUUGGGGAGGAGUUCUAAGUGGCAAUGCUGGGUCUAAUUGAGAACAGUAGAGCCUGCAGUCUGCACCUGCACUGACUGGAACCCCGAGCAGAGACCUGGAGGAGGAGGAGUUGUCAGGAGCAGCAAGGAGAGGUCACCCGGCAGUGGCUGGCGAAAUGGCUGCCUGGAGAGAAACGAGCUGCCCGGCUCCUCUCUACGCAGCCCAGAGGUGAGGGAGACUGGGGGGAAGGUUUUGGGGUCUGUGGGGAGAGUCCAGUCUGGCCUCAGAGGGGAGGGCUGCUGUUGGAGGGGAAAUGGAGUGACUGCCAAAUGAACCUCCUCUGUCAGGUGUCCGUGGCACGUAUAAGGGUGGGAUGACUUCCUAGCAAAGCCUUCUGCCGUGUCUGAAUUUUCACGAAUUUGGGAUUGUUUUCUUCCUUGGCAGUCACUUCAUUUCUCCUCCCCUACCUUCUUGUGCAAGAGCUGCCAGGAGGUGACUUCAUUACAUGAAAAGGACAAGGCUUGCCUUAAGUGGCAUUCUAGGAAAUGUUGUUCUCAGUGUACCAUGUAUUUCUCUCUCAAGUACACACUUCAUAAACAGGAAAAGCUUCAGUUCUACUUACCAUAUGCAAAAAUAAAUAAAUUCCCUUCCCAGCUUUUUUUCUCUGUUUUUAGGUAAGACUUAUAUUUAUGAUCAAAGAUUUUGCAAUCAAUUCUUUAUUACAUCUCAACUUUCAGUGAAUGCAGCAUCACAGUUCAGUGGGUAUAAAUUACUAGGGUUCAAAGAGCAUUGUGUCAUAAAAAACUGUUUAGCAUUUACAAGAAAAAUCUGAAUUUUACUCACUGAAAGUGUCUCCAUCCUCCUUUGUCAUCCUUAAACCCUGCAAUUGGGCAGUCUUUGCCUAAUGCAGAAAGAUGAUUUUAAAUAUCACACAUGUGCUGUCAGGGUUUGGAGGUAACCACUUUGCAGAGACUUGCCUCAGUGUUUCCUUGUUGCUGAAGCUGACAAAAUGUCUUCUGUAAUUCUGAAACUUAGAUUAUGAGAAAAGGAUUUAAAGUCUUUUACAGCCUUCAAGACUACAAGGACAUAUCUGACAUACACUUCAAAUUAUCUGAAAGCAAUUACUCAUUCACCUGCUUCAUUAAUCUGUAAGCAAAGUGUGCCUCCCCGAGCUGACACUGGUGGUACCAUCUGCCAGUGAUAAUGUGUUGCCAAACAGUUCAAUUUCAAGUUAUAUUUCUGUGUUUUCUUACCUUCCUAAUGCAGCAUCAUUUGUCUUGGAAAAUACAUUGUAAUCAUUUUUUAUUUCCAACUGUGUAGUAAUAGCUAUCAAAAAUAUUUUGAUACUUAUGUUUAACACUUCCAAGGCUGCAGAAAAGUAAUACCUUUUCAACUAAGGUAUUAGUUGUUUUUUUAAGUUAAAGAAAGGAGCAGAUAUGUUACUAGCAUGGCACAAUGCUGCUGUCUUACCAAGAUGCACCAUGUAAGCUGUGAGUGAGCUUUGGAAAACACUGCUUCUAAACUCACUGUGACAAUCAAAUGACCUGUGGGAUUGAUUAUGGAUACUCCUUCUCGGCUACCACAGUGUUGGUUUGUGUAUUGUCACAUUGCCUGCCUGAAAAAAUAGUAGGUUUAUUCCGAAAAGCUGUGCUGCAGAUGUUUACAUAGUAAUCUUGAAAGUGAGAGUUUUCUUACAUGGGCACAGUUCUGGGUGUCCACUUACUCCAGAAGUCACACUGUCUUAAUGGCAUUUCUUGAGUGGGUGUGAUCCAUCACCGUGGCAUCUGCCAUGGCCAAGAUCCACGCAGGGGCCAGUUUAACUACAAAACAUGAGAAUGCUGUAAAGUACAGAGAGGUGACUGCUGUGCCCUCCCCUUCUGUUGGGUUCUCAGAGCCCAGGUAUUAUGCUUACAGUGCCAGCGUUUAGAUACCGAAGGGAUAAAUCCGAGAGCAAUCCUUCCUGCAGUUCUUCAAGGGGACUGGAGCUGUUCCAGGAGUGCAUUUCAAAUGUGCUUGUUUGCUUUUCAGAUCAUUCUAGCACAAAAGUUCCUACAGACAUUGCAUAGAAGUUGCUUGUUUAAUGAAACAUAAAGUGCCUGGGAGAGGUGACUCAGCCUUCAGCAGACAUCUCUGAUUCAGCUGCAGUCCCCAGAAGAAGGUUUCAGAGGUACCUGCAGUAUUUCUCUGCCCAGGUUCCUCACCUCUCCAGCUACUCUUCUGCCCAGACAGAAUCAUCUUGUAAACUUAGAUUACCAAGGAGUGAGUUCUCACUAAGGAUUUAAGCGAUUGCUGAGGAUUUAAGGUCGUGCCUGAGCUCAGCACAAGCUCACUUCCACUCUCCCAAGGCCAAAGGCCACAUCUCCACUCUCAGGACCAGGAGAGGCUCCAGCAGCUUGGCAGUGCCCUGGUAGGGCCUCAUCUCUUGGAACGGGCACCGAGCCCACGUACGAGUUUCCAGAGCUCUGCUUUGGUGUCCUCUAGAUAACUUCCUUCUUCGAAGGCGCUAGCUGCUGUCGUGCGGCGAGGAAGGGUCCGUGUUGCCCCCCGAGGUGGGCGUUUGCCAUUCUCCCGACGCGGAGGAGCCUGCCCAGCCACGCAGCGCUUAAGUCUUUUCAGAGGAGAAGCCCCUCGCCUGCAGGGAGAGCCUCGGGCAGCGAUGGCGUCUCCCCCAGCACGGGACAACCCCCACGGGAGAGGCCCUGCGACUCCGGAGAGCGCUUCAGCAUGAGCGCGACGCGGCUGCGGCAGCGGGGGACAGGCCC